AUGUUGUUUUCACCGUCAAUUGAAAGGACGGGGACGAUCUCGGAGGUUCACAGGAAGGCCCAAAAAUACGGGGAGAUACGGAAGUAUAACUACGUCCCUCGGCUCUGCCCACCCAAGCGGCUUAGCUGGAAGAUCCCAAACAUUCGCAAGGCCGUUCUCGGCAAUGAGGAUCUCAGACGGGCUCGGCUCCAGCGUACCGGGCGUGGAGGGAGCUAUGACGGGGAAGCGGAGGAAGCUUCUCUGGACGAGCGGAAGCAAUGCCGCCGUCUUCGCACAGUAGACCAACAACCGAACGCCUUGAGUCUUAACUUAGGACAGGGUCAACGGAAGGAAAAGAAACUAGUCAACUGCUCGUGUCUACUGAACUUAUUCUACUUCACCCCGAGGCAUCGGGAGCUGCACAAAGUCAUUCCGAAUAACGGCGCGCAGAUUGGCACUUCCAGUCCUUGUGGCCCAAAGGUGGCGUGGCCAAAAAUGAACUCAGAGUGCCAAUGUCCCUGGGGUCGUUCUUCAGCCGAGGUCCUUUCUCCGUCCGUCGGUGCCGACAGUUGUUAA